AUGUCGGCAGAAAGCCAGUCAUUUGCUAUAAUGAGCGCUGCGCUUCAGACUUAUAUUGAUCAAGGUGAAGCUUGCCCUUCAAUCCCGACUCUGGAGUGCGUCGAUAUUGCGUUGAAGACCUUUCGCCUUGAGGUAGCCUCAUACCGUGGAGGCUUUCCUUCCGGUACGAUAUGCUCUGGGAUUCUUCUCUGUGCCAUAUAUCUCCUUCAAGGUCGGCCGUAUACGCAAUGCCUUCGAAUGAUGGCCCACAUGUAUCAUCUGACCAACCCAACGCUGAUACUCGUCCCAAGUCCGGAGAAGGACCUUACUGUUCGACACGCUAUUGAAUACCUUGCCGUCGCAGACCUUCCCUACCUCGUCUUAGGUAGGGUUUGCUCUUCUCUUUGUAUUUGGAAACGGUAUCGUGAAGCCCAGGAUGACUGGGAGGGAGGGAGGGUAAUGGGUAUAGACGCUUUUACCGGACUGCACAUGGGACUACUGGACAUAUUUGGCGAUAUGAUGCAUGACAACGUCGACCAUUCAGUGACACGUCUCUGGGAAUGGCCGAGCGAGACCGAUGACUUCAUGCAACGCCAUUUAUGGGAUGCCUGGAGGUUUGCUGGCAUUAUUGAUGCCCGUCGACGGGAGAGAUGCAGGGCAAAAGACCAAGAUAUGGCUGUAGGCGGAGCCUCGACGCGGGUGCCCGUGACUAGCUCGCUUCUCGGCAUACUGAUGGGGACCAUCCAUACCGUGUAUGCCUGCUCUCUAUUGCCGGAGAAUCGACAUCUCUUAGCAUUAAACGGCCUCAUCUACCCCCUCAUUGUCGCCAGUCUGGAAGUACCGUCUCUGAAACAGCAUCCAGAGUGGAAACGCACACUGGAUGACGUACGUCGAAGGUUUGAAAUGGGUCGUACUUAUGCUCUUUCAAGACUCACAUUCCAGUUGCUCGACGAAGCUUGGGAAGAAGGGUCAUCCUGCUUUGAUAUAGACCAUGCCGCUCGAAGCAAAGGCGUGGAGCUGGCGGUUAUGUAA